UCUGCUGCUCACGUGGGCGAGCGGGAGGCUCGAGGCACCAAAAAAGGGAAGCAGAGCGAAGCAACGAUUUUUAACUUGACAAGCUGCAGUGCAGUAGCUGCAAGCUAGGUGCCUUAGCCGCACCAGUGUUACUGCACUGCCAUGGCCGUGCGAGUGCUUCCUCCUCCCAGCUGGUGGUACUUGCUUCCUCUGCUGCUGGUUGCUUCAGUCCAUAGCUAUGGAGGUUAUGGCGGGCUCAGGGUUGGGUUCUACAAGGAGUCGUGCCCGGACGCCGAGGCCAUCGUCCGCAAGGUUGUCGCCAAGGCCAUCGCCAAGGACCCAACGGCCAGCGCGCCGAUGCUAAGGCUCCACUUCCACGAUUGCUUCGUCAGGGGCUGCGAAGGAUCGGUGCUGAUCAACUCGACCAAGGGGAAGGAGGCGGAGAAGGACGCCAAGCCGAACCACACGCUGGACGCGUUCGACGUCAUCGACGAAAUCAAGGAGCAACUGGAGAAGAAGUGUCCCGGCACCGUCUCCUGCGCCGACAUCCUCGCCAUCGCCGCCAGGGACGCCGUCUCCCUGGCCACGAAGUUGGUGACGGAGGGAGGUUGGAGCAAGAACGGCAACUUGUACGAGGUGGAGACCGGCAGGCGGGACGGCCGCGCGUCCAGCGCCAAGGAGGCGGUCACAAACCUGCCCGACUCCUUCGAUGGGAUCCGGAAGCUCACCAAGAGGUUUGCUUCCAAGGGCCUCAGCCUCAAGGAUCUCGCUGUUCUGUCAGGUGCCCACGCAAUUGGGGAAUCACACUGCCCGUCGAUCGCCAAGCGGUUGCGCAACUUCACCGCGCACCACAACACGGACCCGACCCUGGACGCGACGUACGGCGCCAAGCUGAGGCAGCAGUGCCGGAGGUCCGAGGACAACACGACGGAGCUGGAGAUGGUACCGGGAAGCUCGACGACGUUCGACACGGCGUACUACCGCCUCGUCGUCCAAAGGAAGGCCCUCUUCCACUCCGACGAGGCCCUGCUCAGGAACGACGAGACCAGACGGCUCGUGCUCGACUACUUGCGGUCGGAGAAGAGUUUCCUCCAGGACUUUGGGGUGUCCAUGGUGAACAUGGGCAGGGUGGGCGUGCUCACCGGCAGCAAGGGGGAGAUCCGGAGGAGAUGUGCCGUGGUCAACUAGCUACCUAAUUAAGCUAGUAUCUUACCUAUAAGUUGGUAUUUGUAACGUGGAAUUACUUCCGUUUUAUACAGAUUUUAGGAAUGUUUAGGUUUCGGGAUUAUGAACGUUUGGGUCGAAGUAAUUUCUAACAGUUCCAGAUGCUUCAAGGCAGAGUUGAAGGAAUACACUUAUCAACAAGAGCAGACUCUUGGACAUAUAUUUGGGGCAAUGCUG